GAAAAAUGUGGGCAUACGCAGGUGUGUGGCUAGUGGCCAGGCUACUCAAGCGCAGUUGCGCAUGAGAAGAAAGGGCCCCCCACACCACCGCCAGUAAUGUAUAUACAACCCCUCAUGCGUUACGCUUGUGUCCUGCGCCCCGUGGUGCCAUCUCCCCAACGAGAUCUUCCUCUACAUCCCCAUUUCGAACUUUGCCACAAGGGGGAAAAAAUACGACAGUGGAAGUUAGCAAAAUAUAUCAUAAAUGAGUCCUUUUUUUUCCAUUUUUCCCAUUUCUUCACAAAUUGAAGGGUCCAACGUGGGCGACGCUCACAUGAGCCGCCACAAAAAUGGUAUACGCAUAACCGCCGCAGAGUGGCAACCCCAUGGGCGUCACUUGAUGGGAUUAAAAGAGAAGCAGCUUGGGAACAAAAAAAAAAGGGACGCAUACGAUACCCUCAUAAAUGCGAACGGAUGUACGUGCCAUGUUUUUAUACCCCCGUUUGGCAAAAAAAAAAAAAAAUAAAAUAAAAUAACAAAAUUGAAAAACGAUUAAGCGAAACACUGUACCCUUUGUAGCACCAUCUGAUGAUUGAACAGGUGAGGAACAACGCACGCAUUGUCCCCCUCGCGAUUUGCCUGCUCUUUUUGCCACUUCAGUUUAGCAAAAAAUGGAAUGGCUUCCCAAGUGUGCAUUUGUUCAGCUUCCUUCUGGGCAUAAUGCUCAACGGAAUGCUCCAAAUAAAAAUUGACGACAGAAAGUAUGUAGACUGGGUUGUGCAGCGGGUACUGUCUUACUCGCUAUGCAUAUCCCUCAUGAUGACUUUUUCGUGUAUGAAAAAAAAGGCAAUUGUGUGUGAGCGGCCAGAAGGCGAAACAGCUUGCACAGAGGAGGAAAGAAAGAAAAAAAAAUCCGUGUACCAUUUACUAAUUCGCAGCAGGGUUGCGCCGUUUGGAAUCGCUUUUAUGUUCGGCGCUGUGGGGACACUCAUCGGAGGAGUCACUUCCUACCACUUAACGAAAAGGUUCUUUCAUAAAGAUGACGCAAAGGGGAGUGAAGAAAGUUUGAGGAAAAGCACCAGCUGCUUCGUUGCGACGUACAUCGGUGGCUACAUAAAUUUUGUGGAAGUCGCUGACCUGUUAGCGGUAGACACUUUGGAAAGAAACGGCAUGUUCAUAUUAGACGAUUUGUUUACCAAUCUGUUCCUUGUCACUUUGCCCUUAUGGAAAAAUGUUGUUUUUUUUUUCUCUGUCCGCGGGGAGGAACCGGCGUCGCUCAAUAACAGUGAAUGUGUCUCGAAACAAAAUGGAAGUGCAACGAAGCUAUCACAUGAAGAGAGGGAGGUAAAGGGUAAAGAAGAAAUAACACACCUCCUGUGUGAUUCGCCAAGGUAUGCAUCAUACGGGUCGUUCGCAAAUGAUGAGGAGUGGAUAUUACACCUAGGGGAGGAGCACCAAGUGAAGCGCCAUCAGGAGCACUUCUUACCCCCAUUGGUGUGCAAAUGCCUAUGUGACUACCUAUCCGUGCUGCUCAUAAUAGGACUGAGCAUGAAAGUGCUGAGCGACUAUGAGGCCAUCUAUCAGUUUGUCACAUGCUAUAUCUCGGCCGACAAAUUCAAAACGUACAUUUUAGUUGCGCUUACCUUUGGCUAUUUAUUCUGCCUGGACUGCAUUGCACACGUUAUUGGCAGUUGGAUAAGGAGACGCACAAAGAGAGCAGCAAAUUUUUUCACACAUAUUUAUUUCAGGGCCACAGAGUACUACUCAACCGUUCUGCACCUUUUAACAGUUUAUUAUUUAUCCCUUUCGGGGAUGUCCAUCGAUGUGAGCGUUUUGUAUAGCACUGUAAAACCGCUGACCAUGUUGGUGGUAUGCCUACUGGCGACUCAUUUAAUUUGUGUUUUUUUCCUUUCGCACAUGUUUAACGUGUUUACCAAGUGGUCUCGCCUGGCUUUACAUGUGGAAGAAGUUUUGCUAGCCAUCAAUGCAAAUGUCGGGGGGCCCAGCACUGCUGCGCUCAUGUCCGAUGUGCUGGGCAGACCUGAUUUGGCCUUUGCCGCGACCUUCUGGGGCGUCUUUGGCUACUUCCUUGGCACGCACGCGGCGAUGGGUGUGUACGCACUUUUGUGA